AUCCCUCGCCCCGGCUGCUAGGCCGCUGGCAGGGCUGAGGCUGCGAGAACCGCCUCUGGAAACUUGCAGGGUGGAGAGGACGCGCGGUAACCGGGCAGGAAGGGCCAUCCUGGGCUGCGACGGGCAUCCCAGUGCUGCGGGCGAAGGCUGGCGAUCCGGGUCUGGGCUGCGCGAGGUCCGCGCAGUGUCCGCAGCUGGUGGCCGCGGGCCGGGUGCGGGGAACAGAACUACUCCGGGAAAAGCACAUGUGCGCGUUUUAGAGAUUGCUAGGCCAGUGUUUACCUGCAAGCCAUUAUACCUGCCCAUGAGACUUUGAGAACAUUAUAAUGUCCCUUUGUGCUGCUUCUCACAAGGAGUUUUCUCAGCUGUUACCUAGUCAAGACAUGGAUAUCAAAAACUCACCAUCUAGCCUUAACUCUCCCGCCUCCUAUAGCUGCAGUCAGUCCAUCCUACCCCUGGAGCACGGCCCCAUCUAUAUACCUUCCUCCUAUGUAGAGAGCCACCAUGAAUAUUCGGCCAUGACCUUCUAUAGCCCUGCUGUGAUGAAUUACAGUAUUCCCAGCAGUGCCAAUAACUCGGAAGGUGGGCCGGGUCGGCAGACCACAAGCCCAAAUGUGUUGUGGCCAGCUCCUGGACAUCUUUCUCCUUUAGCAAUCCAUUGCCAGUCGUCACUUCUGUGUGCAGAACCUCAGAAGAGUCCUUGGUGUGAAGCACGGUCACUAGAACAUGCCUUACCUGUAAACAGAGAGACACUGGAAAGGAAGGUUAGUGGGAGCAGUUGUGCCAGCCCUGUUACUAGUCCAAGUUCAAAGAGGGACGCCCACUUCUGUGCGGUCUGCAGUGAUUAUGCAUCAGGAUAUCACUAUGGAGUCUGGUCGUGUGAAGGAUGUAAGGCCUUUUUUAAAAGAAGCAUUCAAGGACAUAAUGAUUAUGUUUGUCCAGCUACAAAUCAGUGUACGAUAGAUAAGAACCGGCGCAAAAGCUGCCAGGCCUGCCGACUUCGGAAGUGCCAUGAAGUCGGAAUGGUCAAGUGUGGCUCCCGGAGAGAAAGGUGUGGGUACCGCGUAGUGCGGAGGCAGAGAAACUCCAACGAGCAGCUGCCCUGCCUGAGCAAAGCCAAGAAAAACUGUGGACACGUGAGCCGAGUGAAGGAGCUGCUGCUGAGCGCCCUGAGCCCCGAGCAGCUGGUGCUCACGCUCCUCGAGGCGGAGCCGCCCCACGUGCUCGUGAGCCGCCCCAGCUCGCCCUUCACCGAGUCCUCCAUGAUGAUGUCCCUGACCAAGCUGGCCGACAUGGAACUGGUGCACGUGAUCGGCUGGGCCAAGAAAAUUCCGGGCUUUGUGGAGCUCAGCCUGUUCGACCAAGUGCGGCUCUUGGAGAGCUGCUGGCUGGAGGUGCUGAUGGUGGGCCUGAUAUGGCGCUCAAUCGACCACCCCGGCAAGCUCAUCUUCGCUCCAGACCUCGUUCUGGACAGGGAGGAGGGAAAAUGCGUGGAAGGAAUUCUGGAAAUCUUUGACAUGCUCCUGGCAACAACUUCAAGGUUUCGAGAGUUAAAACUCCAACACAAAGAGUAUCUCUGUGUCAAGGCCAUGAUCCUCCUCAACUCCAGUGUGUACCCUUUAGCUGCAGCCCCUCAGGAGGCUGAGAGCAGCCGGAAGCUGACUCACAUCCUGAAUGCGGUGACCGACGCUCUGGUCUGGGUGAUCGCCAGGAGCGGCCUCCCCUCCCAGCAGCAAUCCCUUCGCCUGGCUAACCUGCUGAUGCUCCUUUCUCACGUCAGGCACGCCAGUAACAAGGGCAUGGAACACCUGCUGAGCAUGAAGUGCAGAAAUGUGGUCCCAGUGUACGACCUGCUGCUGGAGAUGCUGAAUGCCCACACGCUUCGCGGGUACAAGUCCUUGGUCAGAGGGUCCGAGUGCAGCCCAGCAGAGGAGAGUGAGAGCAAAGAGGGCUCGCAGAACCCACAGUCCCACUGAAGCCCAGCCCUGAGUGAACAGGCCGCAGAGGAGGUCAGAGGCUGAAGCGUGAACUCCAGUGCGAACCAAGAGCCCUGUCGGGAGUGGGCAGGCUUUGUUGUCUUCCUACAACAUGUGUGGUAGGAAUGUGUGGUCCCUCAUUUGCUGAUGGCAAACUUGUCAUGUACCAUCCUUCCCCCAACCUUCCCACUUCCUGGGAGUCAGGGUAAGAAAAGCCACGGUUUUGCUUGUUACCAGGGGGCAUGUUUGAAUGCAGAGUUUGUCUUGCUUGGCCUUGUAGGAUCUCAGCAUGGUCCCAUUCUUACUUUCCAUCUCCCUUCCACCCCUUUGGAAAACAUCUUAAAGGUUUUGGAAAGAAUGGUGGAAAUCUGACUUGGAAGGGCUUUACAACAGGAAGGGGAGAGAAUGUGGCACCCUGACAGGAAGUGGACUAACCUUUGGUGUGCAACCUGAGCUGCCCUUAGAAUGGAUCUUUGUACGUUCUCUUCUGGACCACUUGAUUGUAGGAUUGAAAACUGUGAUGACAAUCAAUUAACUAGUUUCACAUACCUACCUCGAAGGCCUGUGGGGACUGAUGUCACGUGUUGCUAUUACUCUGUCGAAGGCCAGAGGGCAAGUGACCUGGGGAGCCAGCGGUCAAGCUGGGAUGCAAGCCACCAUCUUCCCCCAAGACCUUGCUGCCGUCUU